CACAACAGUUUCUUCAUGGCGUCUCCACAACAGUCAAGAAUUCAGUCAUAUCUGGAGAAGAAUAGAAUCGGACCUUUGUUUGAGGAGUUGAUGACCAAAUUGAUAACUGAGACUCCCGACCAUCCAAUCCCUUUUCUCAUUGAUCACCUGCAGACCAAGCAAGACAGCCCAGGCAAGCUGCACAGAGCUCUCUCUGGCUCCGCAGCACUGUGGGCGCAGAGCUCCCCAGAAAGCAAAAACCCUCGAAGGGAGAACAGCAACUAUGAGAAGCCGUGGCAAAUUCACCCAAAGAAACCGAAAAAGUCCAAGAGCGACCUGGCUGUUUCAAGUAUCUCUCCUCCCUCGCCAGAAUCCAAGUCUUUGCCGCGGUCGAUCGAGUGCCCGUCCUGGGACUGGAGGGAGAGCCGUGACUUUGACGAGCUCAGCCACAUUCUGCAGGAGAGCAAGAAGCUGGGCAAGGCCCUGGAGAGUCUGUCACGCAGCAUCGCCAUCUCUGAUGAGCUCGACCAGAACUUGGGAGGCUAUAACUCAGUGGUGCGCCCCCGGGUGGUGGGGGAGUGGGUUGGACGGGAAGAAGAGGACGCGGACCCACUGGCUUCUGAGAUGCUGCAACCCCCCGUCCCUCGGGCUAAAACCCAAGUGUGCUGGAGUGGAGACAGCAGCCCUGCUGGGAGCCUGAAGAUGGAAACAAAGAGCAAAGGGCUAAAGGAGCAGCAGCAGCAUCACAAGAAGCUCUUGGCUGCCAUGUUGUCCCAGGACUCCUUUGACUCGGUCCAUAGUCCCGCCCCCUCGGUCGCAGAGGAAGAGUUGGAGGACGAGGAUGAUGCCAUGGAGCUACUGGAGGACCUGGAUGACCUGCGGAUGGAGGGUGUGACGGGCUUGGCUCCAUCUGGCAGUAAGUUCAGCCAGGGACGCAGCUCCUAUCAUCCUGAACCACAGGCCAAAGUCACUCUCAACAUCUGCUCACGGUGUGCCAGGUUGCAGGGCGACAGUCUAUCAGACGGCAGAUCUGAAGAGGAGCACAGGUCUCGUAUAUCUGAACAAGCCGUACCUGACAUCUCAUCUCCAUUGCCCGGGGUGGACACAGUGGCGGGACGGUUGCAGGAAUGCGAGGCCUUGUCUCAAGUGUCAGGCUCUCGUCAGGCUGUCUGGGAGGCUGAUCUGAAGGCUGCGAGAGGUGGGAGCUCUGUCGGGCAGACGGGGCCGCUACUGGGUGACUCCCUCUUUUCUAAAGAGCUGGAGAACAUGGGCAAACAGCUCGCCGAGGUUGAGAAGGACCUGGCCAAGCUGGCAGAAGUAGGGAAGAUGACCACUCGGAGCUCCAAUAAUCCGCACAGUAGUCUCCUCCACACCCCUCUGCGCCACAGAACACUACCCGACACACUUCCUCUCACCAGCAUGCUCUCUAGACCCCAGUCUCCAGCUGGCAGCCUCUCAGGCAAGUCCUGCGGUGUGGGCCUCCCUCUGCUCAGCCCCAAGCCCACCUCCCUGGUCAUGGGUCGGACUCAAUCUCCCAGCAACCCUGGGAGCAGGACUCAAACCCCCAGAACGCCCAGCAGGCCUCUGACCCCAAAUAGUUUACUGACACGCUCCACCUUUAACCCUGGAGCUCAUAAAGAGGUGACCUUCAGAAGGUCGCGGAGCCGCCCUGUGACACCAACAUGUCAGCCCACACAUCUCCGACCGCUGCUCACCCCUCCUGGACUAAGCACUACAGACAGCCUCGGUGCCAGCCUGCGGGCCUAUCUGUCUGAGGAUGAGUUUUACCAGCAGUUACAGGCCAUCCGACAGCCUUGGCAUAUUCCCAGUGACACAGACAGUGACAUCCUGGAGCCUCCUGAACAGGAUAAGAAUGGUACACGCGACGCCAAUAAGAGAUCUGUGUUUUCAGGCCUCUAGUGAUGAAGACCAGGGACAUUGAUCCAAUCAAACUAUUAUGCAAACCACUGGACAUUUUGAAUUGUGUGGCAGAGAAAAUUAUUUUUAUAACUCAAAUGAAUGGGCGGAAAAAAGAUUAUAUACUUUUUUCACAGAUAUUUCAUAGACAUUUUAAUGUAACUGUAUGAUAAAAUGUCAAAAUAUUACAUCGGAGUAUGGACCAUUUAUUUUAGUUUGCUAUAUAGCAUGCUAUUGCACUUCCAUGUGGAAUCCAGAUUCUUUUUGUAGGCCUCGUGCAUUUUCACAUUGUGAAGGCAGCAUACCCAUGUUAGGCGUUUAUUGAUA